AUGAGUGAUUUCGAAGAACUCCAGUCCUACAAGUACCAGCUCUCCCAGGUCGACGAGGCCCUGGAGAAAGACCCCGAAAACGCCGAGCUCCUGAAGCUCAAGUCUGAUCUCGGCGAGCUGAUCACUCUGUAUACUUCGCUGACCCAGUCUGCCUCUCCGCCGCGCGCUGCUGCCCAGACACCCGCUGCGGCUUCCUCCCGGGACAACCCAAAGCCCUCCUCGGCUUCCAAAAAGUCUCUUGCCAAGGGCCAGCAAGUCCAAGCCAAGUGGAGCGGCGACGGCAAGUUCUACGAGGCCACCAUCGUCGAUGUUCCCCCGAACGGUGAGGAGGUGGCGGUCGUGUUCAGCGGAUACAACACCCGCGAGUCGGUAAAGCUGACGGAUAUCCGUGACGCCUCGGCCGCCCCUGCUGCCCGAGUCAACAUCGUUCCGUCUCCUCCGUCCGAUCCGUCCUCCGACGAACGCAAGCGCGAGCUCGAGCGCGAGGCCCGCGAGAAGGAGAAGCGCAAGCAAAAGAAGCUCAAGCUGAUGGAUUUCAUCGAGAAAAAGUCGGCCGAGCAGAGCGAGAAGCAGAACAACUGGCUCAGCUUUGCCACCAAGGGUGGCGACUCUGCCAGCAAGAAGAAGAAGCCUGUGCAGGUGACCUCCGUCAUGCGAAAGAAGGGCUCCAUGUUUGCGACCUCGGACGAUCCCUAUGCCAAGGUUGGCGUCAUUGGAUCCGGCAAGCCCAUGACGCACUUCCAGCAGCGCGGAAAGCACAUCUUCGACGCCAAUGCCUAA